CAUAAAAAUAGAAUUAAUCACCAGAUAAAUACGUAUUUUCCGCUAAAAUUAUUAUUUUUAAAUCAUAACAUAUUCAUGUGGUAGAGGUUUUGCGUGUGGUAUCUUUCAGAACGAUUGAAAUUAAUGUUAUCUGUCAGGUAGGCUCAUUGGAACAGUGCCGUCAUAUUAGUAUGUUUUGUUUAAAGUACUUUUGAGUGGAGUUUAAAAAAAUACGCAAACAAAUAUUGAAAAGUUAUAUAACAAAAUGAAGAAACGUGUUCGCAGUGUUAAUUUUACUAUUCCAGAAACUGAAUUGUUAAUUUCUCUGAUAGAGUCAAAAAUAAAUAUUGUAGAGUCGAAAAAAUGUGAUGCAAUAACAUGGCAAGAAAAGGAAUUCACAUGGAAAACAAUUGAAACAGAUUUCAAUAAUCUAAAUACAAGUGGAGAAGUUUAUCGUGAUGCAAAAUGUCUUCGAUUAAAAUUUGAUUCUCUUAAAAGAGAUACUAGGAAAAAAGAGCGAAUUAUUCAGUAUGAACGUUAUAAUUUGGGAAGUUAUUGUGGCAAAAACAUAAAUACUACACACAAAUUUACGGAUUUGGAAAAAAGGAUUAAGGAAAUGAUAGUUCCAUCGGUUCCAGAUAGUUCACCUGAUUCGGAUCAUAGUCAAAGUGACACAAUCAUUUCAGAUGUCAAAAAUUUAAUCCCCCUACCCGAACCUAAUGAAGAUAAGUCUGCCAUAGACGAAGAUCUCGGAAAUAAUGAAAUCCAGUAUGAAGAAUAUGAAGAAUUCGAAGAAAAACCAUUUCAAAAUCUUACAUCUGAAAACCUUGAAGUUCCAGAAGUUUGUUUUUCUGCAUCACCAAAAAGUCCGUUACCAAAACCUACAAAAAAUACAAUUAAACUUCAUUCAAGAUUUGGAAAUUAUUCAAGGAAAGGUCCAGUAAUCAAAAAUAAAAAUAAACUUAAAAAACAAAGGUUUGUCGAAGAAGCGUUAAAAGAUGCAAAAUUAGAAAUUGUAAAUUUACAAAAACAACUCCUUCAACAAGAAAUCAAAAAGGAGAUAGCCCAAACGAAAGUAUUUCAACAAGAAUUAGAUCAUAAAAAACAAUUCCAGGAAUUGGAAAGACAGCAUUUAAUACUUAAAAUGCAAUUGACUAGAGCAGAGAUUGCCAAUGCUAAAAAAUAGUAAAAAUGUGUGCAAGAACUUAAAAUAUUUAAAUGUACUUAGUAUUUAGAGUUUCACAAAAAAGAAUAAAUAAAAACAAUUUAAUUUAA